UUCUUUGAUAAUUUCUUUGCUCCAAAGGAGCACUCUUUGCGCAUCGUCAAUUAAUCUAAUGGCCCGUACUAAGCAAACAGCCAGGAAAUCAACCGGUGGUAAAGCUCCACGUAAACAGCUUGCCACAAAGGCUGCUCGCAAGUCAGCUCCGGCGACCGGAGGGGUGAAGAAGGCUCACCGUUUCAGGCCCGGAACCGUGGCUUUGAGAGAGAUCAGGAAGUACCAGAAGAGCACCGAGCUUUUAAUCAGGAAGCUUCCAUUCCAUAGGUUGGUGAGAGAAAUCGCUCAAGAUUUUAAGACUAAUUUGAGGUUCCAAAGCAGCGCUGUCGCGGCACUUCAAGAAGCUGCUGAGGCAUAUAUCGUCGGGCUUUUUGAGGAUACAAACCUACGUGCUAUUCACGCUAAGAGAGUUACGAUUAUGCCUAAGGAUAUCCAGCUUGCUAGGAGGAUUAGAGGAGAGAGAGAGCUUAGGUUACUUGUAUUUUUAGUUGAUUUAUACUUGGAAUUAGAGAUCUAAGCCUUUGAUCAUUCGUAGGAUUUGCUCUCUGUGCAAGUGAUGU